AUGCCAUACAUUUUCACUCAAUUUUUCCUGCACCUCGUCAUUUUUCUUGGAUCAACGAAUUCUUACCAGCUCGAUCGUGAUGACGAUGAUUUGAACCUCGACUCGACGGAACCGCCAAAAACUUGCGUGCAGAAAUCGAAAAAACGAGGAAAAGGCAAGCAAACAUCGACGAAAGCGACAAACCACUAUUCGAAGCCAAAGCAGAAAAAGAAGGACAGAAAGAAGGUGAAUCCAAGACGAAAAUCAAGUAAAAGCUAUCUUUUCUGGAUUGCGUGCGUCGUAUUGACCGUGUGUCAAGUGAUACUUUGUGUGUUGUUGUUGGCAUCACUUGGAAUCGCAGCCCUGUCCAUCGUGUGUAUUUUAAACACU